CAUUUCUUUCACUCUUUUACCCAAUACAAAAUUAAAUACAUAAUGACUAUAUUACCUAUAACACCUUUAGCCAGUGAAAUUGAUCCUAAAUCUUUGUCCUAUUUAUGUCAAGUUGACAGAGUUUCAGUAUCUUCAUUCGACGAGGGCGUUCUCACCGAAACCGGCAAUGGCCAUUUAGCCACAUAUAUCACUACAGACCCACAGUCUGAGCAACAAGUUCUUCUCUUACGCUUUUUUGACUAUUUUGAUGAAGAGAAAUGUACCAUUGUCCUGGUUUCAAGAUCGAAGGCUUGGUUACAAGAUGAACGUACUUUAAUCUUUCCCCGAGUGGAAGGCGGUCUAUGGAGGGUUGAUUGCAGUGAUUCCGAUGAAGUAAUAUUUGGUGAAUUGCAAGACAUUCUAACAUACUUUAUCAAGUAUGAAAACCGACAUCAAAUGAAGAACACAUUAGCCAUGAUCAAUCCCGCUUCCUGUGAAGUCACACAGGUUGUUGCAGAUAACGUUCAUUUAGAUAGAUCAGAUGCAGAGAGUGUACUAAAUGAAGAAGACUUCAUCACAGCUCAUGAAGAGGAGAGAGGGGAAAAGUUACCAGUCUAUGUUGGUGGGUCUACAUUGGAGGAUGAUCCAUCUAAAAUUAGAAAAGUCCGACUUAUGUAUCAAUCUGGAAAUGCAAUAGUAACAGGAUCUGACUGGAUUGCACAAGGUUUAGUACUAGCAGGACAUGCCUUAGCAAAAGGAAUAUCAAGUGGUGGUAAAAUGAUUGAGAGCAAAAUCGAACAGACAAAGACGCCAAUAAAAUUGAGUGACCAAGACAGAAGAGUCAUCGAAGCUGUGUAUAGCACAACCAGUUCUGUAACUCAUAUGGCAGCAGGAUUUGUGGAUAUGGCUAUAUCAUCAGCCAUAUCCGGUAUCAACUCAGUAGUAUAUAAAAACGAAAAAUUGCAAGCUAGAGAUCCAGUGCAAAAUGCAUCACGGCAUGUUGGUAUAUCAGCAUUACAGGCUGCCGUAAAGAUUGUAGGAGGUGUAGCUUCUGCGGCUUCAGUGGUCUUAGAAUCGUCACGAGAUAGUAUUAUACAAGUAGUACAUAAAAAAUAUGGAGACGAUGCUGGUUAUAUUGCCCAAAGGACAAUUGGAACAGGAGCAAAUAUAGCAGAGACACUUGUGUAUUUUGAUGCUCGAGGUAUCUCCAGAAGAGUUGUUGUAAGUGGAGCAAAUGCGAUUUCAAAAAACGACGAUUCAAGCGAGAAAACAAAGCGAAAUACAAGUGAAGUUGUAUUCGAGAAUGAUUGGCUUGAAGAUCAAGCCAAUCAGUCAAAAACAACUGAAAAGCCAUUCCCAACUUAAAUUAAUAAAUAUAUCGUUUAAACAAACUUCAAGUUCAUUCUUUUAUUUUAUU